AGGUCGGUGUGGCUGGACCGUGGCGGUGAAACUCACCUUACCUGUAACCUCACUCAGCUCAUCACUCCACAUUACUCCGUAUAGCCGUGCAUCAUCCAGGACAACACGUCUUCGCUCAUUCAUCAUCCGAUUACAUUCUUUGUUCAUCAGUUCCCGUUUCCCUGCCAUUAUACAAGCGUCUUGAAGUUUUCUUGCGAGUGUCUCCCGCCUCAUCAGACACAGUCAUGUCGUUCAUGCCGCAACGUGGCGGCCCUGGCCAGCCACGGCCUGGUCCUGGAGGUCAUCCUGGUGGUGGCCCCGGCCAGCAUGGCAGUCAGGCCGGCCCUGGAGGUCCUGGACGCCAGGUCACCCUCCAGUGCGCAAAGGUGAACGACAAGAACUUGCAGUCGCAACUGAUUUACAGCAACAUUUGUGCCGUCAACCCCAGAGACUUUCCGACGCAGCGUCCCAACCAGAACUUCCACGUCCUUAUCCGAGGCGGGCAACCCAGGGGCGAAUUUGUGGUGACCGCGAGGCCUCUGGACGUUCUGCCACCGGGUACCAUCAGUCUCUCUGACCCCCAGCGUACCUGGUGCGGCAUCUCACUAAGAGACCAGUUCACUGGUGAGGUGUAUGAUCCGUUCUCGGCGCGCGAUGGAAAGGCCUACCUAUCCUCGCUGGACCUCGAGGUCACAUUUGCCUCGCCUAGUAAGCGGACAGAUGUCCCUUUUGAGGAGUCUGCUCUCAUUGCCGAUUUCACCAAGACGUUCGAUGGCCAGGUUCUCGCCCCUGGCCAGCGCAUCAUCAUGGACCGGGGCAACAUCCCUCUUCUCGUCACCGUCAAGUCCAUCAUCCUCGUCGACCUCAGUGGCGGGUCCGCCCCCGAAGGCGCAGAGCGCACCAGGGAGCCAUGGUCAAGGGGCAUUCUCACCACCAACACAGAUGUCGCCUUUCGAAUCGACAGCCAGUCCCCUCUCAAACUCAACACAUCUUCGACGCGUGCCAGGGCCAACCCGAUCCUCGCGCCCGACUUCAAGUUCCAGGACAUGGGCAUUGGCGGUCUCGCCGACGAGUUCUCAACCAUCUUCCGCCGUGCCUUCCUCUCACGUAUCUUUCCACAGGCAACCAUCUCCAAACUGGGCAUAUCCCACGUCAAGGGUAUCCUCAUGUACGGUCCUCCAGGUACUGGUAAAACCCUGAUGGCCCGUCAGAUCGGCAAGAUGCUCAACGCUCGGCCGCCCAAGGUUAUCAACGGUCCCGAAGUCCUCAACAAGUACGUCGGCCAGUCCGAGGAGAACAUUCGCAAAAUGUUUGCGGACGCUGAGAAGGAGUACAAGGAGAAGGGCGACGAAAGUGGCCUCCACAUCAUCAUCUUCGAUGAGCUGGACGCUGUCUGCAAACAACGUGGCUCGGGGACCGGUGGUGGCACUGGUGUCGGAGACAGUGUCGUCAACCAGCUGCUGUCCAAGCUCGACGGUGUCGACAAACUCGAGAAUAUCCUUCUGAUCGGCAUGACCAACCGAAAAGACAUGAUUGAUGACGCUCUGCUACGUCCCGGACGUCUCGAGGUCCACCUGGAGAUCUCCCUUCCUGACGAAAAGGGCCGCCUCCAGAUUCUUGAGAUUCACACGAACCCGCUGUCCAAGAACAAGAUGCUGGGCGGCGACGUCAAUCUGCACGAGAUUGCCGAGCAGACCAAGAACUUUUCUGGUGCCGAGCUCAACGGUCUCGUCCGCAGCGCCGUGUCAUAUGCCAUGUCACGCAGCGCCCCCAUGGGCGAGCAGGGUGUUCCCACCGCCAACCCCGAGAGCAUCAUGGUCGACCGCGACGCCUUUGAGUACGCUCUCCGCGAAGUCCGCCCUGCCUACGGUGUCUCGGAGAAUGACCUCGACGAGGCCGUCCGCAGGGGCAUCAUCCGCUACAGCCCGCACGUCGGCACCACCAUUGAGAGCAUGGCUCGCGUCAUCGACAUGGUCGCGACUUCGCAACAUCAAUUCGGUCACUCUGUUCUCUUCCACGGCCCAGACGGCUCAGGAAAGACUGCACUGGCGGCCUUUGUGGCGAAGCAGUCGGACUGCCCCUUUAUCAAGAUCAUCACGCCCGCGCACCUGGCCAGCCAAAGGGACGAGUUUGCCCGAAGCGACUACAUCCGCAAGGUCUUUGCCGACGCGGCAAAGUCGCCCUUUAGCAUCGUCAUUCUCGACAAGGUCGAGAAGCUCAUCGGCUGGAACCCCAUUGGUCCCCGUUUCUCUACCACCAUCCUGGAGCCGAUGCAGGCUCUCAUUGACCAGCCUGGCUCAGAGGUACGUAUUCGGCCAUGCGCCAUAUCAAGUGGCACCUGCUGAUAUUCUCUCCCUUUUUAGAAACAUCGCCUCUUGGUAUUCGCCACAACGUCAAACAUUUCUGCUCUGAAGAUGCUCGAGGUCGACCGCACAUUCAGAAAGCACACGGCCGUGCCCGCCGUCAGCGACCUCCGUGAGCUUGGUGCUGUGCUCACCGAGUCCCCCGUGCCCUUCUCGUCAGAUGACAUCAACACUACGUUGGGCGCUAUCCAGCGACAGACAGGGACCGAUCGUGUCAACGUUGGUAUCAAGACGGUACUCGAGUGUGCCUUUGAGGCGCAGAUGGCCCCCGCCAGUGAGAUGCCACUCAUGUUUACGGAGCUUCUCGUCGGUUAUAUUGAAUAGAGUACAAGACGUAUAUGUCUGAAUAGAAGGUUCAUGAAUUGGAAGCCAAAUGACAUGCUCA